AUGGGUGUAAUAGACUUGCCUACUGGUACUGUCAAUGCAUUAGCCUUUUCGAUGGAUGGACGUUAUUUGGCCAGCGCCAGCGACGACAAAACGGUGCGCGUUCACGACAUGCAACGUGGGUUGUCAAAAAUUUGGGAACACAAAGGCACCUACCCAUACACUGCUGUCGCAUGGAGAGAUGACAUUCUAUUCGUUGGUGAUGAGGGAGGGGGGAUUAUCUGCUCUUAUCCCACCUUGAGGUGGCCACGUCGACGAACAAACGAGGUCAUACAUGAGGCCUCUUCACCUGUCGCAGUUAUUGAAUUCAACGAGAGCGGUGAUCAUCUUCUUAUCUGCUCAGGUGCCGACGUUUUACUCUUCAAGAAUUCGAAGAAGGGUUCCGGAGCAUGGCGAUAUACAGACCGCCUGCCACGUCCUGCGUUUGGCGAGACUGAGAAUUUCGCCCAACCUCCGAUUCUAGCGACAGGCGUACAUUUUCUCGAGAGUGAUAAUGAGUGUCUUAUUGCAUACUACCAUCAUGGUUUUUGGAAGUGCAACAUCGACGCUUGGGAGACGACUCGUAUCUGGGGUCCAGACGAGAAAAUAGGAACUUCUGCUAAAUCCCCAGACUCAACUUCUUUGGUGGCGACAAAUAUACGCAAUGGUCUGGAUUGGUUCAGGAACACGCCUCAAGACUUCAAGAAAAUUAGUACCUCGUUUGAAGUUCAAGAACUUGGAUCCAAUGUUCCUCUUCUUGCUCUGUUCAUCAACAAAGGUCAAGCAACAGUAAUGGGUACGACGAAGGGAUACGCUGUGAUAUUCGAUGCAAAACACGGGAGAAGGAUCCAAACUUUGAAGCACGGAACGGACCGCUCCUGGGUGACCGCCUUAGCAUAUGUUGAACUUGAUGUACCAACCCGUCGUCGAAUGAUAGCCACUGGCAAUGGUAACUGUGUGCAGCAUACACAAAUAUUACUGUGGAAUGAAGACGAUGGCACUCCCGCGAAGGGAACUAGCAAGUUGUGGGUUCUACCUAGACUUAUUAUGAUGAUUGUAACUGUUGGCCGUAUGAUCCUCGUGGCAAUGGGUAUAACCUUCGCACUCUUGCUGUUAUUCCCCUCACAAUGGUCAAGGGACAGUGUCUCGAAGAUGCUUGGAUACUCCGAGAAGAUUUCAUCCAUGUCUUAUCCGGUGACAUCUUCCCCUUCCUCCGCCUCUUCCCCUUCCUCGUCUUUUCUGUCAUCCGGCGGUCACUCACCCCCGAAGACGAAAUUCAAAGAGAUACUAGUCAAUUUGGGAGAGCUCGUCCUGUGCUUCGAUAUUGCUUCUAGUUCAUGUGUAUUUUUCGUAUGCCUUGCAUAUUCACCGCUAGCAGCCAUUAUUCAAACAGAAUAA